UAAACAAAACAAUGCAGAGUAAAGAGUGCCCAAAAUGCCAUGUUCUCCACCACAACCCAUAUUUUGCAAAAUGUUUAGCAUUCUUGUUUAUUUAUUUCUGGUUAGUUGGUUCCAUUACCUUUUUUCUCAAGCAGUAUCGAUUCUUCCUAUGGUAAAAAAUAAAAAACUAUGAUAAUGACAACAAAAGUCACAAACAUUUCAAGAGAGAACUGAGGUUGACCGGUAUUAAUCCCGGCAUUAGUACAUCUGGGACUGCAUGCAAUGAACAGCACCCUCUACUGAGCACAGAGAUCUCCUGACAUGUAAUUGGAAGCUGUGUGACCUAGAGACAGCCAGUGAGACGCAGGAGAGCGGGUUACAUAAAGAAGCGGCUUCCACAUGUCCAUCCAUCCUCCUCUACGGACAACAACCUCUUCUCAUUGGCAAAGUCAACACUGGCAGUGGCGUCCAGGUUCAUGAGAGGACUGCUCCCAAGGGCUCCACCGCAUGGGCUGAAUCGUGGCUCAGGUCCUGAGAGCACCGAGAACUCCGGGCUACUGCCGUGUGUGCCACGAUGAGAAUGGGACGCCACGGCACUUGUUUGGAUCUCAACUUCUACGUGUGAGACUCGCGUUGCACGGAUGAAAACGAGCAAGUGAAAGAUGAACAGGACUGUGGCUACGAGGUCAAAUGAACACAGUGUUUUGGAGGAGCGCACGGGAGCAGAGAGAGACAGGCUUGACCAUCCUGUAACAGAUGAACAGAAUGAGGAGUUGCUACCACGCCAAGAGGAAAUAGGAGAUAAACCUGUUGUUAAAUAUAGGAGGUAUGGGUCUCGUCUGGGCGCGGUCAAAGUUCACCACAAGCGGCAAGCACUUCAGGACAUGGCAAGGCCUCUGAAGCAGUGGUUGUACAAACACAGGGACAACCCUUACCCAACCAAGACAGAGAAGGUCCUGCUCGCCCUUGGGUCACGCAUGACUUUAGUACAGGUCUCCAACUGGUUUGCCAACGCCAGGCGGAGGCUGAAAAAUGCAGUGAGGCAGCCAGACCUGAGUUGGGCUCUACGAAUUAAACUCUACAACAAAUACAUCCAAGGAAAUGCUGAGAGACUGAGCAUCAGCAGUGAUGACAGUAACUCUGACGAUGAUGAGAGUCCCUUACAAACCCCCACUAGCCAAUCAGAGCUCUCCAGGCCCUCCGCUGAAAGCGCCGUCCAGCCUGAGUGCAGGCCUGAUCCCGCCUACAGUGACCACUGUGUCUCGCCGCCCUCCAAGUACAAGAGCAGCUUGCUGAACCGGUACCUUAACGACACCCUUCGGCACGUAAUGGCGACCGCCGACGACGCCACAGGAUCCCGCCGGAGGAACCACUCGGGCUCCUUCAGCUCCAACGAGUGUGAUGACGACCUCCUCUCGCCCUCGUCCUCUGAGGGAGAGGCAAACUUCGUCUACCAUACGGACACAAUGGACUAUACAUCAAGUAAACGUGACAGUGACGUGAAGCGCGAGAGAACCCAGUGGAAGGAGGAGGAGGCCAGCUGGAGGGAGGAGGAGGCCAGCUGGAGGGAGACGCACGCUGCCUUGGCUCUGACCAGCUUGUCCCGGGGCAGGAGUCUCGCCACGGGCCCAUCCGGCACCACCAGCCACAUCGUCCAGAAGUCCUCCCACAUCUCGGAGGUCAAAACGGUCAGCGUGGCGCCGCCCUAGACACGGAUGAAGGACUUGGACGUGCCGUGUGUUUGCAUGGACAUGCUCCGGAGCAUGUUGACCCCUGAAUUACAUGGGCGUGAGUUAUAGGUAUGAUUUAUGAGAUGUGUACACCCUGCUAGUUUUAGACGGUAGUAAGUAUAGAAAAAUAGUUAUGGAAUGGAGGCAAUAAUUUUUUUGUAACACCGAUAUAAAUGCAAUAACGUUCUACAAAAGUUUAAUGAACUCUGUAGAAGUGUAAAAAAGCCUACACUUUCGAAAUUGUGUAUGAGGAUAUACAUGCUAACCAUUAAAGCAAUCACUAUAUUUAAUAUAGCCCUUACAUCAGCAGUUGUCACAAAGUGCUUGUGCAAAUAGCGCAACAAGCAAUAACAUGUUGAAACACAUUGGCCGGGAGAGUUUCCCCAGAAACACAGAAACCUAGAGAGGAACCAGGCUACAAGGGUUAGCCAGUUCUCUCCUGGCUGUGCCGGUCGGUCAUUACCGGGGUACAUGGCCAUAACGGCCACCUGGUACUUCAGACGUCCACAGAUCACAAGCAGGUUACCACAGUAAUACAGCAGGCCAGCACCUCUUCGGUACGUUUGAGUUCGACUUUCAUAGCUGAGCAGUCAUGACAGCAAGUCCCAGAGGGAGGGAUGGAUAAACACAGGAAAGACUGUAGAAACCAGGGGGACAGAUGGGGAAACACAGGAAAGACUGUAGAAACCAGGGGGAGGGAGAAACACAGGAAAGACUAUAGAAACCAGGGGGACAGAUGGAGAAACACAGGAAAGACUGUAGAAACCAGGGGGACAGAUGGAGAAACACAGGAAAGACUGUAGAAACCAGGGGGAGGGAGAAACACAGGAAAGACUAUAGAAACCAGGGGGACAGAUGGAGAAACACAGGAAAGACUGUAGAAACCAGGGGGAGGGAGAAACACAGGAAAGACUAUAGAAACCAGGGGGACAGAUGGGGAAACACAGGAAAGACUGUAGAAACCAUUAAAGAAGCACAACCCGAACUAGGGACGGAAUUUAAUACUUAGAGUUUUGGUUUUCCCCUCUUAUCUGUAAUAAAGGAGGCCAUUGUGCAUGGCUAUAAAUUAUUCCCUCAAAAGCCAACAAAAGGAUAACCACAUCAAGCGCCUACAAAAUAACAUGUAUUUUCUGUUGUAACCAUGAGAUUAUUUUUUUUUAUUAUGUGAGAACUAUAUUUCUAUUACAUACAAUGUAUAUACAGUUUUCCCUAUUAAGUUAUACUUCCAAGAGACUGGAUUUGUGUCCUAUGAAAACAUUAUCACAUGUUAGUGGAAAUAUUUCGUAUGAAUAAAUCUGAAACAUUUAAAACUUCCUGCCAUUUUCAUCCAAAUAUAAUUCACAAAAAGUGUCAACAUGCAUUUUGUUCUUUGCUCAGAAAUCAGUUGUGAUUGAAGCAGUGCUGGCCCUUGCCUUUUGGGGGCCCCUUUCUCCCCUAGUGGUCUGUGGCUCACUAGCAGCCUGGGCCCCCUAGGAGUUGGGGGCCCUAAGCAACUGCCUAUGUUGCUUAUUCCUAGGGCCUGCCCUGGUUUGAAGGCUGUACAACCAACAAACAUCUGCCAGCUCAAAUGGUUCAAAUCACAGUAUU